AUGGCGCUCCGCAUCCCUCCGACGGUAGCUGACGUGCCGGGCUAUCAGCUGCAGCGGCCGCCGCUCCCGCUCAUCUACACGCCUCGCAGCUGCGGCGGCGCCGCGCCCUCGUGUGACUCGCUCUUGUGCAUGCACAAGCGCGAGCUGCGGCGAGCGAGUCGCAACGUUAGCUACAAGGCGGCGCUGUGCGGUCGGUGCGAGUGCGCCCUCUGCCUCGCCUGCGCAAAGCCGCGCAACCUGUGGAAGGCACCUUCGGGGCAGACGCUCGAGACGGUCACCACGCGCACCGACCCGCCCUUCACGUUCGCUUACAACCCGGCCGACGCCGACAUGAAGCGGAUGCGGGAGCAGCUCGUGCUCGAGCCGCUCCUGACGCACGCGUGGCAUGAGGCCACCUGGCGCUGCUGCGGCAGCGGCGGGCUCGUCGUCGACGUCGGCGGCAACUUUGGGUGGUACACGCUGUACAGCCUCGCGCUCGGCUGCAGGGUGGUCGUCUUCGAGCCGGUGCCUCUCUUCCGAGAGGCUCUGCGGCUGGGCGUGACACUCAACCCGGGCUUCGCGGCGAGGGUUUCUCUGGACGCUCCACAAACCCUAUUGGUGGAGCUCUACGGCAACGUCGUCUACGACACGCCAGGCAACUACACGCUGCGUGUCCCGCUCCCGGGCGGGAUGCACAAGAAGAAGCUGGGCAUGACGGGGAUGAAUGGGGCGCGAGGCAUCCUCAAGUCGGACUACAACGCAAAGGCCGCCACCGUGAGCGCGGGCGCCGUGCGGAUUGACGACGUUUUGCGCGGGCGCGACGUGUGCUUGCUCAAGGCCGAUGUCGAGGGCUACGAGCCGCAGGUGAUGCAGACGGCGCAGACGCUGCUCGCGACACGCGAGGUGCCCAACCUGCAGCUGGAGCUCUCCCGCACGCGCAAGGACGCGGAGCAGACGUGCGCCGCCGUCAAGAUGCUCUCGCGCCUCUCCUCGCUCGGGUACGAGUUUAAGCAGGUGCCCAACCAGCUCGUCGACGCCGAGCUGCCGCCGCCCGACAGCUGGCAGCAGGCGGCCGGCCCUUGGGCUCGGCUGCCAAGCUUCCCCACCGCCGCCACCGCCGCCGCCGCUGCAGCGGGCGGCGAGCGGCGGCCGAAGAUGCAGCUCGCGUACGACAUCGACUUUGCGACGCACUCGACGAACCUCGUCGCCCGGCGCCGCAGCACACCGCUGGGCGCCGCGAGCCUGCCGUGGCCCUCGCUCGGGUGCUCAGCGUGA